GUUCCUCUUCAGAUUAUAGGAUGACUCUUAUGGAGAACACAAAUUAUACCACAGUGAAUGGGUUUGUCCUUCUCGGUCUGUCUAGAGUCCCCUACCUCCAAGGUCCGUUCUUCUUCUUGUUCUUGACAAUGUAUGUUACAACAGUGUUGGGAAACAUGUUGCUUAUCAUAGCCGUGAAACUGAACACGCAGCUCCAGACCCCAAUGUACUUCUUCCUCUGCAAUCUGGCCUUUAUCGACAUCUGCUUCUCCUCAACCACAGUGCCCCAAAUGCUCAUAAACACCUUACGCCGACACAAAAACAUUUCUUUGUUAGGAUGUGCUGCUCAGAUGUACUUCUCUCUGGCUCUUGGAGCAACCGAAUGUUUGAUACUGGCCAUCAUGGCCUUUGACCGAUACGCAGCCAUCUGUAAACCCUUACACUACAAUACAAUAAUGAACAAUAGAGUAUGUAUUGCCCUGUCUUCCAGUUGCUGGAGCUUCUGUUUUAUAAACUCCACUGUUCAUGUGGCUCUUACUUUCCAGCUGCCAUUUUGUUGGUCUCACCUCGUCAACCACUUCUUCUGUGAGAUGCCUCCUUUCUUCCGACUGUCUUGCAGAGAUACUUGGCUCAAUGAAGUAGCGAUGUAUACUUCAGCUGUGAUUAUCGUUCUCUGCUCCUUACUUCUGACACUAAGCUCAUACGUCCAUAUUAUUACCACCAUACUGGCAAUCCGCUCCUCCCGAAAAAGACAUAAAGCCUUCUCCACCUGUACGUCCCACCUUAUAGUAAUCACUGUCUUCUAUAGCACAAUCAUGUUCACGUACCUUCAGCCUCAUUCCACAUACUCUCCGGAAACAAACAAGAAAGUGUCCGUUCUUUACGCCGCGGUUAUUCCGAUGUUUAAUCCCAUUGUUUACAGUGUGAGAAAUCAAGGUGUUAAAGAGACCCUAAAAAGACUAUUAACCACUAAAAAUAGAUAUUAA